CUGUUGCAGAAAGGUCGUCGUUCGUGCACUGAUUGCUCAUUCCUUAUCUUGUUUCUGAUCUUUUGCGGUGGUCUGGGAUCUAUAGCAUGGUUUGCGCUAGACAAUGGAGACCCCUACCGUAUUCUGUAUGGUUCUGAUAGUUUCGGAAACACUUGUGGGCGCAAUAACGGACCAAUAUUCAUCCGAUCAAACAAAACCGUUGAAAAAGAGCAGUUCGAGUAUUCUGGACAAAACAUGACUGAGAGGAGAUUCAUGUUCCCUCUCAACGCUUCAAGAGCACUAGACACUGUCUGGACUUGUGUUAGAAGCUGUCCCGAAGUUACCAUCACCACCUAUGAAGUCGGGUGGAUCUUCGAUGAUGGCGAUCACCUUUUCAGCAUCGACAUCAUGAAUCGUUGCAUUCCGGAGGACUUAAUUACUUUUGGUCGAGAUCUUCUGCGGAAGGUAAUCGAAUUGGACUGGAUUCGUGGGUAUCUUCAUGAUCUAAUUGACACAUCUCCGUUUCUGCUCCAGAUGUGUUUGGUGGCACUAGUCCUCUCCUUGAUAGCGAUAGCAUUGCUGAGGUUUUUUGCUGCAGCUAUAGUAUAUUUUAUAUACUUGGCAGUUGCAUUGUUGGCUAUAGGAUUUUCUGGGAGUAUAUGGUAUGCUUUCUGGAAAGUCCACAAAAAUUCCUUAUCGCCGUAUGGUGAUGAGAAUGUUACCGAAGCCACCACGCCAAAUGCUGAUCACAAACCUUUUCAACUUACCGCGGCUACUCUCUUCAACAGUCAGGAUUUUUCGCAGUUGUUCAAUCUCGAAAAUACCACGACGUUGACGCUUUUUGCUGUGGCGAUUGGAGCUACAGCCAUCUCAGUAUGUUGGUUCUAUACAAUGACUUUGAUUCUGAUCAAAUCUUGA